GAUACGCCACUUUCGAGGCUGUGUGACGAUCGUAACAAUUUAGUAACAUAGUUGGACAUAACUUGGUAACGAUCUGUAUAGGCCAAGUUAAUACAUAUUGUCGUCUGAUAUCUUUUAAGUAAUGACUUAAAAUAUUUAAGAUGGCUAAAGUUUCCACGCACGUAGUUGGAAGUUGGUUUCCAACUGGCUACUAUGGUCAUUACAGAAGUAGGACACGAACUGACUUUGUUAAUGAAUAUAGACAGCUAGCUAAACCACAACCACCUAAUAAAUUCAUCUACCGUUCAUCUCUACCAGUUUCUUCACAUGUAUUUUCUUUGCAUGACAACAGAAAUUCUUCCACCAUUGAUGCAACUUACUUUGAACAGGGACUGGGAAGACGUAGACAUCCAGAAAAAUCUGGGGCGUUUGACCCAAACUUUAUGGCCUGGUGCCCCAAUACUUCUUGUUUAAAAGCUGGACGACCUCUGACUUCCACAUAUAGAAAAGAUUUUAGAUUAAAUGAACCUAAUGUACAAAAGUUGGUACACCGUCCUCAGACUUCUUUUGAUACAGCAUAUACCACAACUUAUCGUACAGUGUAUGGUGGAGAUUCUCCCAACCGUGAUCUUAUCAACGCUAUGAACAAUGAAGCUUUGAUGUUGACAACACAAAACAGACAAAGACAAGCAAAACUUAGAAAAUCUAAUCACCGUGAGACCGUGGCCUCAUGUAUGUCCUGGUAUCGUCCUCGUGUGCCAGCAGCAACUGCUCACUGUAAUUACACAGAUAUUGACAUCAGGCCUGCGCAGACUGAACAGAUAAAUAUGAAUAACUGUGCAUCUUCUGAUAGUCAAGCAUCAGCUGCUCCAGUGGUUCAGACUGUUGAAUAGUUUAAGAACUGUACUAUUUAAUAAAACAUAGACUGACUAUUUGAUGACUAUUUCAUAAGUUACAAUAAGCAUAACUUUAGUUUUUUUAUAGAUAAAUUUCAUUAUACAAUUAUUUUGAUAUGACUUAUACUUACAAAGGCAUUUUCUCAAAACCAUCUAAUAAUACUAAAUGCAUUUUUCCUAAUCCAUAAGAAAAGACUUAAAAAUGCAAAUUAAAACGC